AUGGCAAAGGUCACGGCGGAGGUUAUGGGCAUGGGGGCCAUGGCGGUCACGGAGGAUAUGGCCCACGGAGGUCACGUUCUUCCUAAAAAGCGUGCAUUGUUGACGGUGAUUGUCAAAAUAGUGAAGGCAUUAUCUGACUCUGGGUACGGCAAAGGACACGGUGGAUAUGGAAAAGGUUUUGGACAGGAGGUUGCGGGCACGGAGGAUAUGACAAAGGGCAACGCGGAAAAUUGUGGAUAUGGGAGAUAUGGCAAUAGCCAUAUGGAAUUUAUGGAAAAGGGGUUUUAUGGCAAAAGGGCACGGUCAGAGCGAGCCAUGAUCAUUUUCCCGGCCAUUUUCAUGGGUUGCUUCAUGGUAGUCUCGUCUACUAUAAGAACUGGUCCACCGCCGACCAGGUCAUCCAGGACUGUCUGGUUCCGACAAGGCAGCUUCCCUCCCAAGAUGGUGCCGCGUAGCCCUCGUAGCAGUACUUGUGUGGUGAUGGUGGCCAUAGUAAUGGCAGAUCCGAUCCCGGGUAUGGGAAUGGGCAUGGCGGGCUAUGGACACGGAGGGUACGGCAAGGGGCACGGCCACGGAGGGUACGGCAAGGGCCAUGGUCAUGGUGGAUACGGUAAAGGCCAUGGACAUGGAGGGUAUGGAAAGGGCCAUGGAGGAUACGGUAAAGGACAUGGCCAUGGCGGAUACGGUAAAGGACAGGCGGAGGGGUACGGGCACGGAGAUAUGGCAAAGGUCACGGUGGGGGUUUUGGGCAUGGGGGCCAUGGCGGUCACGGAGGCUACGGACACGGAGGUCAUGACAAGGUGCAUACUCUCGUUCAAUGUUUGUUUAAAUUAUCGAGGCAACUCUUAG